CUUCGCUCGUCUAUUCACUCUUCAGGACCCUUCCCCGACGACACUGGACCGCUGAGGGCAUCGCUGCUCUCCCGCGGACUGACCGCUUUACCCCUAUGGCCUUGAAACAAUGCAGCCUGUGCGACCGCAAGUUCACGAAGCUUGAGCACGUCAAACGCCACGAGCGAUCGCAUACCAGAGAGCGCCCGUACGAGUGUCCGACGUGCAAGAAGCAUUUUUCGCGCAGCGACGUCUUAUUUCGCCACUGCAAAGGCCAUGCACAGAAUGCUCUGAACAGAUUGAGCAACAGCCAGCAGAACCAGCAACAGCAGCAGCUAGGUACUGCGUCCGGCGACAAGCAGCAGGGCGAAACCGGACCAACAUCGGAGCGGACGCCGCAGCUUCCACAAGAUCCCUCCCUAUCUCCUUUAUCAAGACGGAAGAGCUCGCAACAGCCGCCUCAGUCCGGAGAGGGACCACACAAUUCACAGCACUCACCAAAUCUCCACGUGCGACACUCAUCCGUACAACAGCAAACAUCUCCAGGCGAGAGUCGGUUAGAAGCGCUUCUCAACGCGGCGCAGCAUCUCGGAACACCAGCCGACGUCCCUUGGAGAUCGCCAUCUCCAAUUAAUCUACCCGCUGACCAUGAACGGUUCUUGACGCGCCAUCCGGAUAACAUGCCCCCACCCAUUGACCCAGCGAUGGAUAUGCUUUCGUUUUCGCCCCAGGGCCAUGUGUCUAGUCUCGAUCAGUGGGCCUUCGAGCUAGUGCAGAGCAACCAUCCACUUCCGAACCGAACACCAGCCGAUGCUCUACAGACAUGGCUUUUCCCCCUGGAGAACGACAUCUUGGCCUCGGGCGGCUCGCAUCAUAUGGCUCUUGAUAGCCACUUUGAUAACGACAUCUUUCGCAACGGCGGAGACAACCGUGCCAGUCCAUCUGGUAGCAGUGUGUCAAUUGCCAGUAGAAUACCCAAGGAGCGAUUUGCAAGGGUCGAAAGCUGCUGGCCAUCAAAGUCUCGAACGCCGUCUCGGCUGAUGCCAACCCUGUGGCAGAGUUUGGUAUCGUGCGAUUGUUCCAACAUACUGUCCGAGAUCCCUUCCGGCGUCAUCGAAACCCCCAUCAGCGAGCGUGAGAGAAGAAAUUCAAGAUGGGGUCUUGACGAAGAAUGCAGGGAUCUGCUACAGGGCGCGCUCAACAAUGCGCCUCAAGCUAGUAGCCUUCGAUCGGAAUCGUAUGGUGACACCGCAUCAUCAAAUGGCGAAGCGGGAGCCAGCCCAGGCAUAGAAAAUAUCCGAUUUCCGCCCGCCGAAAUUCUCGAUAUCGCCUUGGAGAUGUAUCUGUAUUAUUUCCACCCGACUUUACCCAUCAUCCAUAUCCCUACUUUCUCAGCCAAGAAUGCUCCGAGGUCGUUGCUACUCUCGAUGUGUCUCAUUGGUUUGAGCAUUCUUGGAACGGCGGGAGCUGGGAGAUUUGUAUCACGGACUUUUCCCGUGGUUCUGCAGAUGGUUUCCGCAGAGUUGCAAUCUAUAUCAACAAGUAAUCACACACCACAGAAGCAGAUGCGAAUUCUCGCGACUGGCUUGCUUGCACUAAACUUGGCGUCUAUAACUGGCGUAAGCAGGAAUGUGGCAAAAGGUGAAUCGAUCGCUAAGCGAAAGCAGCGGAAGAGUCGAAUAGCCCAAGCCGAGAAGCUCUACAGUGACUUAAUAACUGCCGCGCAGAAACAUGGACUCUUCUCGGCGAACGAGAGUGCACCGCCGGAUUCAUUCCUGGAAGACAUACUCGACAUUGACGCCCGGUGGAAGGCUUGGUGUCGGGUUGAAUGCGCGAAACGUAUCAUAUUCGGCCUAGUGGAGGCAGAUUGCUGGUACGCAGCGUACCUAUCGACUUCGCCCAUGAUACGACCAGAAUCCGUCCAGAUUCUGCCCCCAUCAGAAUACAACUUGUAUCACGCGAACUCUCCCACCAAAUGGUUCAAUCUAGUACAGCGUGGAGCUCGGAUAAAUUCGAACAGAAUUACUCCUUCGUAUCUGCCGACACCUGGACUGAAGCUAGAUUCCGGUACUUUGCGCAGCCUCUUAACGCUUUUUCUCUUGCGAGUAUACGAAGCCAACGAUCGGCUCGCGAAUAUCAACGGGCCUCACAAGCACCUCGAGCCAUGGCGGAUAUACUCGGAAGAUACCAGGAGCCGCGAGCUAAUCCCACUUCUGGUCAACUUCUCGUCAUCUUCCAUCGAUGCAUUACGUACAGCGGAUCUCAACUCUGCGGUUCUUUGGCAUUCUACAUGCAUGAUGCUAGGUGCUAACAUCCGCUACUUUGAGCUUGCUGCCGGGCGGGCCGGCUCGGGACCCGCGGUCGCUGCUUUAGAAGAUAUCUCGGCAUGGUCUCAAACGCAGUCGGCACGAAGAUCAGUACUGCAUGCCGCCCAGAUUUUCAAGCUCCUUUUCGACCGCAAAGUGUCUGACAUUGUCAACCCGCACAGUGUUGUCGCUCUAUUCCAGGCCGCGCUUGUCCUCGGCCUUUACAUCUUCACCCUUCCUCCCACGACCACAUGCGGUAUUAACGACAAUUGUAUCGAGCUGCUUGACAUUGUCGAUUGGACUCAUGUCGGCCAGGUUGGCCUUAUCGAUUCGCCGCAUUCCCCCGGGACAUCUCUUGGUUUUGGCGAUGCCUCGGUAAUCAAUUUCAUUCGCAAUGGAGGUCCUUUCAGCAUCACUGGUAUCGCACUUGAAGGAGGGUACCUUGCGGCACGGCGCACACUUUUACACUGCGCCGACUUGAUGGAUGGUGUGGGCCGUUGGAAAAGCAGGACGUUCUCACAGAUUCUUCACAUUAUGAGCGAUGAUCUAACGGAAAUGGAUGGGGAUAGUGAUGAGGCAUGACGGUUGCCGUCCUCUUCCUUGUGCUUGUCAAUUACAGAGCUUAGGGACAGGUGGGGAAGGGGAUGAAUGUACGAUCUGGUUCGACUCUAAGGUUACGACUGCAUAUCUAGGUGUUUGUAUAUACUUUGGGACGACUUUGGUCACUGCGGUCUUGGGGGAAAAUAGAGCUUCAGGCUCUUGGGCGGAUAGUCAUCUCUCCAGGUCUGAGCGCUACGAUAACGCUUCAACACUGCGCAAUAAAAUCGCUUUACUAUG